CGACAAUAUAUGACAUGCUUCCGACUGUUUUCCAUUCUCCUCUGCGUCGGUUUCCAUCGUUAAUGUGAGAUUGCAAACUAUCGGCAACUCUUUGGUAUGUAUGCCUUCCACGAGAGGGGCAACACUUAGUCACAUCUGUUCUGAAUACCGGGCGUGAUAAUUUCAAGCACAGGAUCUAGACCGAGAUGGAUAACGACAUCGAGCUAGCCUUAGAUUCCCAAACGCCUCACGACAGAGACCGGGUUGAGAGGGGUGGAGGAAAUGCCGAGCCCACUGAGGACGCGCUCAGUCCCGUUGACGGGGGUUGGGCUGCCUGGAAACUGCUUCUCGCCGCAUACGUCUUCGAGGCAUUGCUCUGGGGCUUCCCGCUGUCCUUUGGAGUCUUUCAGAACUACUACUCGCAACUGCCCGAAUUCGUCAAUCAGCGGUACAUCUCCGUCAUCGGGACGAUCGCUUCAGGCAUGUCCUACAUGGGCGCUCCGUUGAUCAUCCCAGUGUUGAGACGGUAUGCCAAAUACCGGAGGCAGAUGAUAUGGUUUGGAUGGACAUUAUGUAUCCUGGGAAUACUGUGCGGGUCCUUCGCCAGCACCGUCGGCAGCCUUAUCUUUACCCAGGGUGUCAUGUACGGCGUCGGCUUCAUCAUCUUCUACUACCCCAUCAUCAGCAUGGUCAACGAAUACUGGAUUGCACGACGGGGCAUGGCGUACGGAUUCCUGUGCAGCGCAUCCGGAUUCUCCGGCAUCGUCAUGCCUCUGUCCCUGGAACUUCUGCUCCACAGGUACGGGUAUCCGACGACAUUGAGAGCGGUCGCAGUGGGCCUGGUCGUGUUGACGGCGCCUCUGAUACCCCUGCUCAAGGGACGCCUGCCUCCGUCGGCACAAAGCUACACGCCGAGGACCAAUUGGGCUUUUCUCAAGACAUCCCUCUUCUGGAUCUACACGGCCUCGAACCUCAUGCAGGGCCUCGGCUACUUCUUUCCUUCACUCUACAUUCCUUCGUAUGCCUCGACACUGGGCUUGAGCUCGAGGCAGGGGUCUCUCCUUCUGGCCAUCAUGUGCGUCUCACAGGUCCUGGGGCAGUUUAGCUUCGGGUAUCUUUCAGAUCGGAGAGUCCCCGUCACGGCUCUGUCCUUUGCGUCGACCCUGAUUCCCGCUGCGGCGGUGUUCGCCCUGUGGGGGUUGGCGCGCAAUUUCGCCAUGUUGGCGGUCUUCGGGAUGAUCUACGGCUUCUUUGGCGCCGGGUACACGGCCUUGUGGGCGCGGAUGGGGAUGGGCGUCACGAGCGACGUGACUUCGGCCUUUGCAGUGUUCGGCCUGUUCAAUUUCGGCAAGGGCAUUGGAAACGUCCUGGCCGGCCCGAUCAGCGCCAACAUGCUGUUCAACCACACAAGUAUUGGACGGUAUGGGAUAGGAAAGUAUGAGGUGCUCGUGCUCUUCACGGGCUCCUGCAUGCUCGCCAGCGCGGUGAGCAUCGCCAUCGGCUAUCUAAAUAUCCGGAAGUUCUGGCUCCUAAAUUGAGACCGGUAAACGGGUCUCCCUGUUGCCAUCUCACUUCGGAGGAAAUUCAGUAGCGAUAGACUUCAUUGAACAGAUGGCGUUUCUAGAGGUAGCACACCGAUAUAUUGGUCGCAGAUCUCUCGACCGAGUGG